AUGUGUGUCAACUACGACCAGCUAGAUUUGUUGCUGGUGUCCAAGUUCUUUGAGCACCACCCCAUCACCCAGGAGGAGGCGUCAUCAGAGGGCACCACCCCCGUGUCCGAGGCCUACCCGUCACUGCCCCCGUCCGACUCCACCGGGUCCCUGUGCCACGCCAGUGUGUCCCCGUCCAAGUCCAUCCCUAUCCCCCAGAAUUUCAGGCCCGGAGAAGAGGACCACAGGAACCAGUUUGGACAGAGAGAUCGCUCGUCCUCCCGCUCCCAACGUCCACAUCACACCAUCGAACCCGUCAACAUAGACGUCCAGCCCGCUGUGCAUGAGUCAGAGACUCUUGAAGAAAGGCUUUAA